CGAGGGGAUUUUGAAAAAGAGUUGGUCGUCUCGAUGUAAGGCAUGCUAUGACCGCUUCAUUACUCCUCCACUCGCACUGGAUUGACCCGGUGAUGUUUCUCUACGACAACGGCUUGGAUGACAGAAGCAAGACCAUGGAGGGAUUUACUGGAGGCAAUUUUGCUGCAAACCAGUGCAGGAAUUUGUUAGCGCAUCCGACCUCGCUGGCUCCGAGCACCACCUACGCUGCGAGUGAGGUGCCAGUCUCUGGCAUGGGGGAGCCUGUCAAACAAUGCAGCCCCUGUUCUGCCACUCAGAACUCGCCAAAUGCAUCUUUGCCUUAUGGAUAUUUUGGCAGCAGCUAUUACCCAUGCAGGAUGUCACACGGCAGCGUCAAAGCGUGCGCGCAGCCCUCUGGUUAUGGCGAGAAAUACAUGGACUCAUCGGUCUCUGGUGAGGAGUUUUCAACAAGAGCAAAGGAAUUUGCGUUUUAUCAGGGCUAUUCUUCGGGUCCCUACCAGCCCAGCUACUUGGACGUGCCUGUCGUACCUGCGCUCAGUGCUCCAUCUGAGCCAAGACAUGAGUCUCUGUUGCCCAUGGAACCCUACCAGCCAUGGGCCAUCACUAAUGGCUGGAGCGGUCAAGUUUACUGCACCAAGGAGCAGCCACAGUCAAAUCCUUUGUGGAAGUCCUCGUUACAAGACACAAUAUCUGGUGGAGACAGCUCUGUCCGCCGUGGGAGAAAGAAGCGUGUGCCAUACACCAAGGUGCAGCUCAAAGAACUGGAAAGGGAGUACGCCGCCAAUAAAUUCAUCACCAAAGACAAAAGAAGGAGGAUAUCCGCGCAGACAAAUCUGACAGAGAGACAAGUGACAAUCUGGUUUCAGAACCGGCGCGUGAAGGAGAAGAAAGUCGUCAAUAAAUUUAAGAGCUCCAGUUAGCUCUGCUGCAACAGGAGGUGAAGGGCCUUCACCUGAAGAAAAUAAAACUGUGCUAUAAUUUAUUACAUUAUGAACGGGUUCUUUGUCGCCAGAGCGGCUCUGUUUUGACCUACACAUUUCCUUCCUCACAUUUUAAUUGGAACCAGUCGAUGCGGCCUGUUGACACAAGAUCGGAAAUGGUUUGCAACAUGUUGACCAAGGCGACUCUGCGAGGGAUGACUGAUCUCCUAAAAUAUUCACCAAGCAAUACAACAUUUAGCAUGAAGGCACGAGGCCCCGGAUAAAUCUGCGCUUUUAUUCCACUUAGUCUAAUUCAAAAAUUAAAAUCCCUGUAAUCAGCAAUAUUUGUCUACAGUGAUGAGCGGAAAACAAAUAAGUGGCUAGACUGUCUCCUUCUGUCUGUGAUCAUCACAAUGCAAACAUGCAAAAACAAAUAAUUCGUGAGAGAAAAUACAUUUUUAAAAUUAUAUUUUAAGCAUUCAUACGCUUAAGAAAAAAAAGUCUCCAUACUUUAGCCUGCAACACUUCAAGUGGUAAACUGCACAAAUCAAUCUUUUAUUUAAACUCCAUUCCAAGGUUGAAAAGAGUUCACACCACACCAUUUCUAUCUAAAAUAAGCCCAUGUCCAUUACUUAAAUAGCAAGCAUCUGAUACAACGUUAUCAAACUAUACCUGAACAUUUCAAUAGGUUUUUCCACACUUUGUCCACGUCACUGUCUUUUUUAUAAACAGGGUUUUACUCAGAAUAACUCUUGUCGAACAGGUUGAACUAUGCAAUUACUGCCUGUCAGUCAAGAAGAGUACUGAAAACAUAUGCAUAUUUAAACAUGUAAAUACUAUCUGACUGCAACUAUCUAUUAUCCCUUUUUUUGACUGCAAUAGCCGAAGUUUUUGACAAUAAAUGUUUGA